AUGAGGGGAAUCAUCCUAGCGCUUCUGCUUGCACUAGCAGGCUCAGAAAACAUAGAAAUAGAACCAGUCUUGAGUGAAAGCAAGACAUCUGUGUUUAGCUAUGAAGCGGAGAUCAAGAAUGGAAUCCCUGAAAUUGACUUACCCCGAUCGGGUAUGAAACUGAACGCUAAGGUUGAAAUCAGCAGAUAUGCCCAGAACACCUACUUAAUGAAGAUCCGGUCUCCAGAAAUAAGGGAAUUCAAUGGUUUGUUUCCCAAAGAUCCGUUCAUUCGAUCAGCAAAGCUCUCCCAGGUCAUUGCAGAUCAGGUCUCAAAACCUAUAAAGUUUGAAUAUCGCAAUGGAAGACUUGGAGAUAUCCAUGCCCCAGAUAUGAUUUCAGAGCUGGUGCUCAACAUUAUUCGAGGAAUUCUGAAUAUGCUUCAGAUAACCAUGAAGAGCACGCAAAAUGCCUAUGAUGUUCAAGAGUCUGGCAUUGGUGGAGUUUGUCAAACGAGAUAUGUCAUCCAUGCGAACAAGAAGGGAGAUUUAAUGAAUGUUGUCAAAUCUACUGACUUUAAUAGUUAUCUGAACAAAGUAUCGAAGAGUCUUGGAGUGGCUUUUGUGGAGCUAUGUCCUUCCUGCAGAGAGAUGCAUAGAAACUUACGAGGAUCAGCAACCUACAACUACAAGCUAAAGAGCAGAGGUACAAAGGUUGUU